UUCAGAUCGCAGGAGCUCAGAGUGGAUGUUGCACUGUCUCUAGUCUGUUUGGACGGCUCAGGUGCCCGGGUCGGCAGGUAGUGCAGGCGCCCCUGUCUGCGGUCAUCCCGGUAAACCGGUUACGGGCUCACCAGUUAGAAGUCGGAAAGUCCGCCGUGGACCCACAACUGUAAAAGUAAAAAAGAAGAAGAAGAAAAGACUGAACACUCCCGCUGCAACCGAGGGUUUAUGGUGCCACGAUGAAGAAAGCUGUGGAAACUAUUUUGCUGUUUCUACAUGUCUUCGUGCCAUAUGCAAUGGGAACACGCUACAGUCCACCAGGGAAGCCAACACUGAUCAGAUGUCGUUCUCCUGAAAAAGAGACCUUCACCUGCUGGUGGGAGCCAGGCUCUGAUGGGGGACUGGCCACCACCUAUGCCCUGUACUAUCGCAAAGAAAACUCUGAGACAGUAUCCGAGUGUCCCGACUACAAGACAGCAGGAGCAAACUCCUGCUUCUUCAACAAGAACGACACGUCCAUCUGGGUCAACUACAACAUCACAGUGGUGGCCACCAACGCGCUGGGCCGCACCUUCUCCGACCCCGUGGAUAUAGAUGUGAUGUACAUCGUCAAACCUCAUCCUCCAGAGAGGAUAACUGUGACUGUACUGGAGGACAAGGGCUGGCCCUUCCUCCGGGUGUCAUGGGAACCGCCGCAUAAGGCUGACACCCGCUCUGGUUGGCUCACUCUCAUCUACGAGAUCCGUGUCAGGUUGGAGAAGGAAAAUGACUGGGAGACACACCUUGCAGGCCAGCAGAAGAUGUUUAACAUUUUCAGUCUGCGGUCAGGUGGCACGUACCUCGUUCAGGUGCGCUGCAAGCCCGAUCACGGCUUUUGGAGCGAAUGGAGUUCCGCGUCCUACGUAAAAAUCCCUGACUAUUUCCAUCGGGAGAAGUCUGUGUGGGUUCUCAUUGCUGUCUUUUCUGCCUUCAUCUUCCUCAUUCUCACAUGGCUGCUACACAUGAACAGCCGCAGUCUUAAGCAUUGUAUCCUGCCACCAGUCCCUGGUCCGAAAAUCAAAGGAUUUGAUAAGCAGCUUCUCAAGAAUGGCAAGUCUGAUGAGGUCUUCAGUGCACUGGUGGUGUCUGAUUUCCCACCAACCACAUCGUCUAACUGUGAGGACUUGCUGGUGGAGUACCUGGAGGUGUAUGUCUCUGAGGAGCAGGAGCUGAUGCUAGAGGAAACCAAGGAUCUACAAGAUGGCCUCCUCAAAUCUGAGGGCUCUACAUCGGACAGCGACUCCGGCCGGGGCAGCUGCGACAGCCACACUCUGCUGAUGGAUAAGUGUGGAGAAGCAAAAGAAGAAGGGAGGCAAACAGAUCAGGAAAACAUGGGGAUGGACACACAAAAACCCCAAAAGGACUGGGACCGGGAAGCCUAUGUCCAUGAGGACAUGGUUAGCCCGGAUAUGUCCAGUGGGAGGGUGAAGACCUGGCCUUCUGUGUUUUCUCCCUUGCCCCCAUACAGCUCAAGCCUGCUGGACCAACAAAACUCACUUGAGACAGCCAAACAGCACUACCUCUCCGACAGCCUGUUUCCCCCAGGCUCCACACCCUCUUACCUCACCCAGCCUGGCCACAGCACCAAGGACGCUCUCGGACCAAACUACUGGGAGUUCUGCUCGAGCAACAAGCAGCCACAUUCACUCCAUCCCCACAUGCAGGCCCACCAGCAGAUCCAGGCCCACAGCGAUGUCAACAUCUCCAGCAUCGGCCACAAACAGGCGCCUGCUGCUCUCCAGUCCACCGAGAACGUGGAAGUACAGAAGGUCAACGAUGAGGAUAUGGCGCUUCUCCAACCUGCUGCAUCAGGGAGUUGCUGCAUCGAAGACUGCCCCCGUAAGCCCCAAAGGGAGGACUACAGCAAGGUGAAGGGGGUGGACAGGGACAACAUGCUGCUGCUCCAAAGAGAGGUGAUGGAAGAAGACAAGUGCCCCUGUGAGCACCAGGAGACGAAUGGAGUGACAGAGAACUGCUACACAUCGUCAAAAGUUACACAGAAGCCUACAGCCUGCAGUUGCUCUGCCAUGCCGGUCCAGGACAAAAUGGUCCUGGCAAUGAACGGUUAUGUUGACACUGCCGUCAUGUGCACAUUGCCCACUUACUAGGUGCCCUCCGAGCCCAACUUUCAGCUUUGGGACUUUAAGAGACCUGUUUUAGGUCUGGACAGAGAAAGCGAAAACACUGACACUGAAUGACUACUUCAAAAAUGGUUUCAGAUUUUAUAUUUUGCUGUUACAGAAUUACUGUCAUUUAUUUUCCUUCUACUUCUCACAUAAGAGCUCUUCUCACUUCUUUUCCAUGCAGUGACUCUCUGAUUUUGAGAAUCCAAAAGAAUUUGAUUGAAUGAUCUGAAAAAUAAACUUCAUUCAACUCAAUUGUAUUGUAUUGUAAUUGUAUUGUAAAUUAUGUGGUACGAUAUGGUGUCAUUAAGAUUAAUUUUAUGUCUGUUAUUAAUAUUUUUAUAAGUAAAAGGUAUGCGUUUCAAGUCAUGAAUUUCUCUGUUGAAAUAUGUUGAUGUAUACUGGUGUAAUGUGAGUAUCUGUUAAAAAUAUUUAUGUAAAAAUCAAAAUUUGGAGAGCUCAAACAUCAAAUGUUUUUAUCUUAUGUCCAUUUUUCUUUGUGGCUAUUAUCUCAGCCUCCCGUAAAACAAUGCAUCUUAAAGAGACAUUUCACCCAAAAAUCAAAACACCUAUUACUCGUAGCAUUAUUUAAAAGGGUCAGAGAAUACGUGUGCAAAACUCAACAGCAAUGUUUUUUCUCAGAAGUGCCAUCUGGUUUCAUUGUGAUCGAGAGAAGGCGGACAUUUUUUACAGCCAAUAUUUCCUUAAACCCUGCUCACACCAAAUAACUCUAGCUGGAUCAAUGGCAUCACGGGUAAGAGCAAAAAUAUGAAGCUAUUUUUGAUUUCUGGGCAAAGUAUUCCUUUAAAACUGCAGCACCUACCCUCAUCCUCCACCUCCUACCUUUGCUGGUCAGAGCGAAAUAAUUCAUUUUACCUUUUGAAAUAAUAAAAAAAAAUGCUGUGACCGAUUAAGUGGUAAAAUGCAAAACUUUGUUGAGUUUUUUUUGGAGGGGAAAACAGUGUCAUGAUAUUUGGUUGGCCAUGUACAACACUAAUUUUAAGUGACUUUGUUGUUUAAGAGAGAUGUGAUUGCUGUGUUUUGCCACUAUGAUUAUUAUUAUUAUUUUCAUGCAUAUAUAUAUAUGUGUGUGUGUGUGUGUGUGUGUGUGUGUGUGUGUGUGUGUAUAGCUUUAUAAACAGUCAGUAAAUGCAUUCUGAAGCAGCAAUCAACUGUCAAAAAUCAUGCUUACAAUAAAUUUAUAAUAUAUGGUAGUGGAAUGAUCUACUGUGUAUUAUUGUUAUUUUUAUUUGAGUAAAUAACUGUGGGCGGCUAAGAAUUAUUUAGAGAUGGUAUAUAAACUUUUUGACUGCCAGUUUUCGUUUAUGUUUUUCAGUGAAAGCAUAGCAGGCUGUAACGUAGACCUGGAAAGUGUUACGCCAUGUGAGACUUCAUGAAUGUGAGUUUUGUGAGUGUGUCCUUUGUCAUAUAGAGCACUUACAUUUUCAAGGCCAUUUAAUAGCAAACCCACAAGAGACCAGAACUUGGACAUCUCAUAAUUACGGUCGACACACAUAACAUCCUUUCACAGAUCGUUUCUUUGUUGAAGUGGAAGGCUGGUGAGACGUUUGCACGGGACUAAAAUAAAAGCAUAUGUGGUGUAGAAUAUGAAA